CCUCCGUGAAGCUCUCCGUGCUUCCUCCCGUCACUUGUGUCCGGACGGUGGAUGAGGAGCGCAGGGAGCUCGAAUGAAUGUGCCCUGAUUCCCCGAUCAUGCUUUCUACGUUUGCAGACACCUGCAGCUGCUUUUAUAGAUCCAUCGUGGCGGAUUUUGGAUGCGCACGCGACGCGGAUUCCUUAAAACCAAUUUGCUGCUGUCGGUGGAGGUACAUCCGAUGUAAACACGCCGGCCUGCUCUCAUGAUCGGAGUCGAGGUGAGGCUGAUUCGUCUGACUCCCCACGUUACUCCCCUCAGUCAUCGCUACUUUCCAGACACCAUACUGAAGCGGGGGAAUCACCAUCGGCUCCGAUGGCGUCAGUUUCGAAGGUGUCUAUUCUGGAUUAUUUUAAUAUUGUGUUUGAAGGUGAAAAUGGUAAAAUCGAGUCCAAUUGCAAGGCUUGUGGAACCAGAAUCCAGGCGAAACGGAGCGUUACAUCCAACUUUGUUACUCAUCUCAAGCGUAAGCACCCAACUAUGUAUGAUGACUUUGUGAAAAGGAAGGAUAUGAAGAGAGAGGGUUAUUCCUCUGGUUGCCUGCACGGUUUCACUACCAAUGGAGGACCCCCCCGCUUGACUCUCCCUAUAACAUCUGGAGCAGGAGGUGGGGGAUCUGCAGGAGGUGUUGGAGGAGUGGGGACUCUUGAUGGGGGAGCAGGAGGAGGAGGCUCUGGAGCAGGGCUCACCAAGUUUGACAGACAUGACCCCCGUCAGGUUCUGAUCUCUGAGGCGAUAGCUAAGAUGAUCGUGCGUGAUCUGCAGCCAGUUUCCAUAGUGGAAAAUCAAGGCUUCAGAGAGUUGCUCCAACUCUUGGAGCCACGUUACACUCCAGAGUCACAGCACUACAUCCAGGGUCAGCUCCUUCCAGCUUACGCCUAUCAGGCCCAGCUGGCCACCCGUCAGGCCUUGGCAUCAGCACAAGCCCUCAGUCUCAGUUUGGAUCUCUGGAGCAGCUUAACUCAACGCACUUCUGGAUACCUUGGUGUCACCUGCCACUAUCUUGCAUCUGAUUGGCAGAUGCGCUCCGCCCUGCUAGCAUGCCUCCCUCUGACCGGCGGCAGCUCUGACAGCCGCGUGCUUGCAGAUUUUGAAGAAGUAUGUCAGUCUCACGGCGUGUCGGGAAGAGCGUUUUGUGUUGUUGCCGACCCUUUCCCAACAGCAGCAACAACAAGGCAGUGUUGUCUUCCUGGUUUCCUGGUUCCACCUGUGCCCACUAACGGCCAAGUUGGAGAUACCACAGAGGUGGAGAACAAUGGCAGUGUUGCAGACCAAGGAUUCAGGAAUGGCCACGGUGGUUGUGGGGAGGAAGGAGAUUGGGAGGAGUCGUGGGAGCAGGGUUUGGGUGUUAGUCGGGUUGACUGUUUCUCACGCACUCUGGAACAGUGUGUCAGAGAGGGACUGCACUCCUGUCCUCAGAUCUCCUCCUCGCUAGCCAAAGCUGCACGUUUCUAUAACUACAUUACCUCAGCUGUCCCUCCUGAGAAACUCGGCCAGGUGUUUGAUGGGCUGAUGACCAGAGGACCAGAGAAUAUUCCUGAUGCCACAAAAGACUGGGCCACACAGCUCAAGAUACUUCGGCGUCUGCUGGACUCGGUGGAGUUCCUUGAAGAGAUGAGCGGUCCAGGGGAGUUGGCGCUUGGUGGCACAGAGAGAGCCAUGCUGAGGGAGCUCACAGACACUUUGGAGCCCUUCACAGAGGCCUGGGAUAUGGUCCAUGGAGAUAGACAAACAGACAUUCAAGCAGACAGACAUGUGUCCAUCAGUUUGGCUUUGCCUUGUGUUCUUGGCCUUCGUAAGCAUCUCUCAGAGACGCCAGGACCCCACUGCCCUGCCCUCCUACUAGGCCUGAGCCAGUCAUUGGAGCGCCUACUGGUGCCUAUCCUAGAAAACCCGCUUUACAUCACUGCAACCACCCUGGAUCCCCAGUUUAAGCUAACAUGGAGCAGCAACCCAGACUGGCACAGACAAGUUCUUCUAGAGGAGCUAUCCAAGCAUUCCUCAGCCUCCUCCUCAGCAGAUCACAACAAAGACUUUCCCCCUCAGUCCCAGACUCUUCCCGUCUUGGCACCUUCUCCAGUCUCCUCACUCUCCCGACCCUGCAAGUUGUUCUCGUUCAUUAAGCAGAGACCUGCAACACAAGCUAAAAGCCUUGAACAGGAGUUGGCUGUCUACCUUCGAGAGGAACCCACAGAUGAGGACGUGUUGCAUUACUGGCGCCGUAAAGCUAUCGAUUUUCCACUGCUAGCCCAAGUGGCUAAACGAGCGUUCACCAUACCUGCUUGUGGCACAGUGGUGGAAAGUAUUUUCACUACAGCUGGACGCCUUUUGUUACCAGAUAGAGGCCAUGUCGUACCAAAGAACCUGGAGACACUCAUCUACCUCAAAGCCAACUACAGAUUAUUAUGGACUUAGAGCUACAUGAUUUAAUCGUAACAACUGGAGGAUUUUUCUUCUCCCCUUGACAAAAGGGACUUCUUGGAUUUAAAUCUUUGUUGCUCUCAAAGGAAACUUACCUAAUUAAGAAUGAGUGCUUAUACUGCAGCUCUUUUAUUAUUAUAGACUGCAAGAAACAUCCCGUUUUUAUUCUUUGAGAUGAGUCUCAGGGUGGAUUGCCUGCUCGCAGACUGUCACACCCACAUGCUGUUGACUGAGGCAGCUGGAAGCAGAUCAAUACUAAAGCAUUCACUCUGACAUUGUUUAGCCUGUUCGGGGUCCCUGGACAUCCACUAUCUGUUUUCACAACACAGAAGACGGCUUCUGUCUGCAGUAGCAGCACCAGCAGUUAAUGUGCACCGAAGCGUCUCAUUUAUUUCCACUCAUGUACAAUAACUCCACAGGCUGUCAUUACUUUACUUAGUGUCGUUUUUCAAGAAUGACAUCAAUUUCUGGACAUUGUUUUCAUGCAUCAUCCACUUAUUGUUUCCCUCUGUGUAUGCGUGAUUCAUCACAGGAGCUUCAAAAUAAAUGAGUUUCACUUUUAAACACA